AAAGAUUUCCUAAAAUCUUUAAUAAUUAGGAAUAUUAGAAUAUGGGAGUUGAUAAAGUAAGCCGUUCUAUAAAGAAAAAGAGUAGAACGGCACCUAAAUCGGAGAAUAUUUAUAUUAAAUUACUAGUUAGACUGUACAGGUUUCUAGCACGUCGUACAGGGUCAUCAUUUAACCGGACGAUACUUAAGCGUUUAUUUCAAUCUCGUGUAAACCGUCCUCCGCUUUCGAUAUCUAGGAUUAUUCGAGCGCUGAAAGGCAUAGAAUGCACUGAUUCCAAAAUUGUGGUAGUUGUUGGAACAGUUACAGAUGAUAAUCGUACGUUGGAAAUCCCUAAAUUAUCAAUUGCUGCACUGCGAGUUACAGCAUCUGCGCGUGCCCGUAUUCUUAAGAGCGGUGGCGAAAUUUUAACUUUAGAUCAGCUGGCUAUUCGUGUGCCUUUAGGGAACAAUGUUAUUUUGUUAAGAGGAAAAAAGAAUACUAGAGAAGCGGUUAAACAUUUUGGAAUGGGUCCUCAUAAGCAUAAGAAACCUUAUGUUAGAAGUAAAGGAAGGAAAUUCGAAAGAGCUCGUGGACGUCGUCGAAGCCGAGGUUUUAAAGUUUAA